GGGAAAGGGAGGCUCUCAGUGCCAGCAGAAAGGUCCUGGAAGCACUCAGUGGGUAGGUUGGAGCUCCUGGCAAGCAGGGAAAAAGACUGGGGGUGUCUGCCCAUCGUGGUCAUGGAAUUACUGGCCUUGGGAUUGUUUCAAGACUCACUCAACCUCCUCCCCUGAAGAUCCAAGGGGCUGGAGAAAGGACCCUUCAGUCGGAAGGGAAGCAAGCGGACAUCGGUGUGCAAAUGGAUGACCAGCUCCCUUCCAGGAAAGCUCCAGGUUUUUGUUCUCUUCGCUAUGGGUUAUGCCUCCUCCUGCACUUCUGUAAUGUUGUAAUGAUGUCACAGCGCAUGUGUCUGAGCCUCACAAUGGUAGCCAUGGUGAACAGCACAGAUCCACACCAUCGGCCCAACACCUCCACAAAGGACCUCCUGGAUAACAUAAAGAACCCCAGGUAUAACUGGAGCCCCGAAAUCCAGGGGGUCAUCUUAAGUUCCAUCACCUACGGUAUGCUCAUCAUGAAUAUCCCCAUUGGGUAUUUGUCUGGAAUAUACUCCAUCCGGAAAAUGGUUAGCUGUGCCCUGGUCCUCAGCUCCCUGUCCAGCCUGCUCAUCCCCCUGGCAGCGGAUGCCGGAGAAAUGCCACUCAUCGCCUGCCGGGUAGCGCAGGGGCUGAGCCAGGGGACAGUGUCCAUAGCUCAGCACGUGGUCUGGGUCAAGUGGGCCCCUCCCUUGGAACGAGGCCGACUUACCUCUCUGAGCGCAUCAGGACUUAUGCUGGGACCCUUCAUUGCCCUGAUUGCCACUGGAUUCAUCUGUCAGGCCCUGGGCUGGCCCUUCGUCUUCUAUAUUUUUGGUGCUUGUGGCUGUGCCCUGGGUCUUCUGUGGUUCGUUCUAUUUUAUGAUGAUCCAAAGGACCAUCCAUGCAUAAGCAUCGAUGAGAAGGAAUUUAUUACCUCCUCCCUCAUGGACCAGGUCAGCUCGAGUGGACAGCCUCUGCCCAUCAAGGCCAUAUUCAAGUCCCUUCCAGUCUGGGCGACUUCCCUUGGUUGUUUUGCCUUUUCCUGGACAAACCAUAUCCUGUUUUUGUACUCGCCAACGUUCAUCAGCUCCAAGCUUCAUGUGAAUGUGACAGAGAAUGGGGUGCUGUCAGCCCUCCCCUAUCUGUUCUCCUGGCUCCUUAGUAUCUUAGCGGGUCACAUGGCAGACCUCUUCCUGUCCAGGACUGCACUCCGUGUGAUUACCAUCCGGAAACUCUUCACCACGCUGGGCCUUCUCCUGCCUGCCCUCUUUGGUAUAUGCCUGUGCCACCUGAGUUCCGGUUUCCACAGCACAAUAAUUUUCCUGAUACUCGCUAGUGCAACAGCGGUCUUCUGUAUAGUCGGACCACUUAUAAACCCCUUGGAUAUCGCUCCCAGGUAGGAUUUGAAAAUCUCUUUCUUUUCUGUAUCCAAGCUGUCAAUGGUGUUUUAAGAUGUCAACUAUUUUGAAGUUCAUGCCAGCUUGUCCAAAGCUCUGACACUGUGUAAAGUUUAGCUACUCCAUUACUAUUGCUAUUGUAUGAAUGUUUGUAUAUCAUUAAUCCUCAUGACAACCCAUCGGUUAGUAAUAUUUAUUUUAUAGCUAAGGAAACUGAGGUUCAGAUACUUAAUGGUCAGCCUAAGUUCUUACCUCUGGUUUGGGAUCUUACCUAGGAUUUCAAUCCAGAUCUCUUUGGCAAAAAAAGCUUUUGUUCUUUUCACUAUGUUUGUUUGUUUGUUUU